AUAUUCAUUAUUAUCUCUAUCAAAAAGUUUCAAUCUUCUCUGUUCAAUCUUGCAUAAUGGCACCCACGCCAAGAGAAGGAAAAGUAGGCGGCUUAACACUUGUCACUUGUUUUUUGAUGAGCUUGAGUAUUAUGUGUUUUCCUUUGAUAAUUUUGAUACUAAAUGAACCAACUCCGGUGCGGCGGGCCUUGCCGGAAAUACAAGUAGCUUCUAUGGAUUUCACGAUACAUAAUAUUACACAAACUCAUCUCAGUGCCACUUGGGAUUUAUUGACAAGGAUCCCUCGUAGGCUUCCUGAUAUCUAUAUAUGUCUUCAAGGAGACCUUCAAGCUUCCUUGUUUUACAAGAAUAUUACCAUUGCUAUCUCCCCUAGACAAAGGUACGAGAAUCUCAAACGCAACUCGCCUCAACAACUUAGGGUUUCAGCUUCUAUCUACGAAGAGGAUAUAGGAGGUUUGGUUGGAAAAAACAUUAUCAAGGAUAUAAAAGAGAAGAAGGAAGUGAAGUUCGGAUCACAGUUUUUUCUUACGGAUUGUAGAAAAAAAUCGACAGGAGUUAUGAGGUAUGCGUGCGAUGAAACCACCUUAAGGUUCGAGCCAGGUUCUGAGACAAAGGCCACUUCGUUUGGGAACAAGAACAACCCUACCUGCGUCAAUUUUUGAGUUGUUUUCUUUAUUUUUAUUAAGUUUGCAUGUUUUUACCGUACAAUUAGGCGCAACGAGAUGAUUUUUACUAAAGUUAUGUUUUAUGUUAAUUACAAACAACAUUAUUUUAUUCUUUCA